ACUGGUCAUUCUAUAAGCUUAUGCUAUUAAGAAAUGGAUCAAUUUUAAUAUUUUAUAGUUGUGGACCUUGUCUGUUGGACAAUUUGGAACAACUAAUGCUGCAAAUUUUGGAUCUAUUAUCUGGUUAGGUUUUUCAUCUUUAUUUUUUCUUUUUUUUUAUUAGAAGAUCCAUGCUCUAACUUUUCUCUUUUUGUUCAUCGGAGUUCCCUUUGACUUUUUUCUCAUUAUCACUGAACUAAACAUUUUGAUAUUCUAUCAGGUGCUAUAGAUUACAAAUCCUUUCCUACACUCCUAAAGCAACUAAUUGCUCCCCUUAAUACUCAGCUAUUGGAUCGGCGUUCUAGCAUUGUGAAACAGCUCGCCUCACAAGUCACCAUCGUUCCUUUUACGACAUAUCUAUCAGGCAUGCCAUUUGUUGAGCUUACUAUCAAAAGAGCUACUGGGUGAUUUUGAAUAUUGUGCUGAGAUCUUCAUUCCGGCACUUAUGAAGCUUGUUGUGAUAACUGUUCUUGUGAUUGCAGAGUCUGCAGAUAAUUGCAUUAAAACAAUGUUGCGAAACUGCAAAGUUGCCCGUGUUCUCCCUCGGAUAGCUGAUGCUGCAAAGAAUGACAAGAGUGCUGUUCUUCGGGCCAGGUGUUGUGAAUAUGCACUUCUGAUACUGGAGUACUGGGCUGAUGCUCCAGAAAUUCAACGUUCUGCUGAUUUAUAUGAAGAUCUAAUCAAGUGUUGUAUAGCAGAUGCAAUGAGUGAGGUGCGAUCAACUGCUCGAACAUGCUACCGGAUGUUUACAAAAACUUGGCCAGAGAGGUCUAGGUGCCUUUUCGUAUCAUUUGAUCCUGUCAUACAGAGGUUAUUGAAUGAAGAGAAUGGAGGAAUGCACAAACGAUAUUCUUCUCCUUCCCUUCGUGAAAGGGGAGCGCAAUUUUCUCGUGCUCCAUCUCAAUCCACGAGUAUAUGCAUGCCUGGAUAUGGUACCUCUGCAAUUGUUGCAAUGGAUAAGAGUUCAGUUAUUUCUUCAGGGACUAGCCUUGUGCCAAAAUCUAAAUCACUUGGUAAAAAUUCAGAGAGAAGCCUAGAAAGUGUGCUUCAUGCAAGCAAACAGAAGGUGCUAGCUAUUGAGAGUUUACUGAAAGGUAUUGGCAUGUCUGACAAGCAAAACUUUGCUACUGCACGCUCCACAAGCUUGGACCUAGGUGUUAAUACUCUAUCUACCCGGGAUACACCACUUGCUACUAGUGUUUCCUCAAGUUCUUUUUCUGUGCAAAGUUCGCUAUUGGGUGAUUCAACCAUUGCAAGCAUUAGAAAAGCUAGUAACAGGAACGGUGGUUUAAAUAUGUCUGACUUAGUCAGUCAGGUUCAAUUAUCUAGAGAUCCAUCAAAACUCUCUUUCCUCAGUCAUGCAACACCUGUUUCCCUGACUUCUUUGUCUUCAUCACAUUUGAAAUGGUCAUCUGAAAGGUUGCAAGAUGGAAGUGGUAGCGAAAAUAAUGUUGAUCACAGGUUAUCUAGGCGACUUCCAAGUAUCCAAACUGAUAAACAUUAUCUGGAGACACCAUCUAAGGAUUCUAGCUAUAGGGAUUCACAGAAUCCUUAUGUCCCCAACUUUCAGCGGCCUCUUCUAAGAAAGCAGGUGACUGGAAAGGCCGUGGCAAAUGCUAGAAAUAGUUUGGAUGAUGGUCAAAUCCUAGCAAGUGAAAUGCCUAGCUAUAUAGAUGGUCCAACUACCCUUGGUGAGACACUUAAUGAGGGACUAAACCCCAGUUCAGAUUGGGUAGCAAGGGUUUCUGCAUUCAAUUACCUCUGGAGUUUGUUGCAGCAAGGCCCAAAAGGUGUUUUGGAAGUCACACAGAAUUUUGAGAAGGUUAUGAAGUUAUUUUUUCGAUAUUUAGAUGACCCUCACCAUAAAGUUGCACAGGCAGCAUUUAUCACCCUUGCUGAAAUUAUUCCAGCUUGCAAAAAGCCUUUUGAGAAUUAUCUUGAAAGAACCUUGCCCCAUAUUUUUGCUAGAUUAAUUGAUCCAAAGGAACUUGUAAGGCAACCAUGUUCUGCAACAAUUGAGAUAAUUGGAAAGACAUACAAUAUGGAUUCUCUUCUUCCUGCUCUUGUCCGCUCUCUUGAUGAGCAGAGAUCUCCUAAAGCAAAAUUGGCUGUCAUUCAGUUUGCAAAUAACUCCUUUAAUAAACAUACAAUAAACUCUGAUGGUUAUAGUAACAAUGGAUUUCUUAAGCUAUGGCUUGCUAAGUUAUUGCCUUUGGCAAAUGACAAAAAUGUAAGAUUGAAGGAAACAUCCACAUCUUGCAUCAUAUCAGUUUAUUCCCAUUUUGAUGCAAUUGGAGUCUUGAAUUUCAUUUUGAGUCUUUCUGUUGAAGAACAGAACUUGUUAAGACGAAAACUUAAGCAAUAUACACCUCGUAUAGAGGUCGAGUUAAUGAACUACUUGCAGAAUAAGAAAGAACGUCAGCGUCCAAAAUCUUUCCAUGACCAGUCAAAUGUUGUUGGAACUUCUGCUGAGGAAGACUAUGUUGGAGCUUCAAAGAAAGGUUUUUAUUGUGCAAAUUACUCAACUAGUUCAGUUGAUGGUGAGGUUGGGAAGAAGUUGAGUUCAACCCAGCAAUCGAUGCAGUUUGAUACUUACACCAUUCAUGCAACUUCUGAUGAGUCUCAUCAUCCUUCUCAGAAUGUUGAUGCUUGUGCUUGUGAUCCUUCAUCUCAAGAUGGGUUGGUGACUAAUUCCUCGCAGAAAACAAAUUAUAAUAUUGAGCAUGAAAGUUCUCUGUUAACUCUGCGUCUAGACAUGAGUGAACUAGCCAGUUCUGAUGAACACAAAGCCAUUGAUAUGAAUGGUGGAAGUGAAAUUUAUGGAGAUCCUGAACUGAAUCAUAAUAAUCUUAAUUUUUUAAAAUCUAACAUAGAAGGAGAUAUGGGACCUAGCAUUCCACAACUUCUUCAUCAGAUUUGCAAUGUAAAUGAUGCGAACUCAAGUUCAGAGAAACGUGACACCUUGCAACAGCUGGCUGAAGUUUCAUUAAAGAAUGAUAGUUCUGUCUGGGCAAAGUAUUUCAAUCAGAUCUUGGCAGCUGUGCUUGAUGUGUUGGACGAUUCAGAUCCUUCAGUGCAGGAGCUGGCUCUUUCUGUGAUAGUUAGAAUGCUUGACAACCAGAAAAGUGAAAUGGAAGAUUCGAUUGAUAUUGUCACUGAGAAGUUGAUUCAUGUGUCUAAAGAUGAUGUUGUGAAGGUUUCAAAUGAAGCAAACCAAUGCCUGAAUAUUAUCUUGACGCACUUUGAUCCAUACAGAUUUCUAAGUGUUAUAGUUCCUCUAUUAGUCAGCGAUGAUGAAAAAAGUCUUGUUAUUUGUAUCAACUGUUUAACCAAGCUUGUUGGGCGGCUUCCUCAAGAAGAUUUGAUGAAGCAUUUGCCUUCAUGUUUGCCAGCAUUAUUUGAUUCAUUCGGAAACCAAAGUCCAGAUGUGAGAAAGGCUGUUGUUUUCUGUUUGGUGGAAAUCUAUAUCAUAUUGGGGAAGUCGUUUUUACCUUAUCUGGAGGGUCUAAGUAGUACACAGCUUCGGUUGGUGACCAUCUACGCAAACAGAAUUUCUCAGGCAAGAUCUGGUGCUUCACUUGAUUCUAACCACUAACACCUUUCUUUUUUUGUUUUAUUUGUUUUGGGUGAGUUGAGGUAUUUGUAUAGUGUAACCAGCCCCUUGGAAUUUUAUCGGUUCCCUGAUUGAUGACUGCCGGAAUGUAGUUUGCUGGAGAGCAUAAAUAAGUUUAUUUACCAUGCUGUAAAGAUCUUAGCUAACGUUAUAAAUAUAUUUAAACCAUAAGCUGAGAUCUCCCAAUGUAAAGUUGGACAUCAGAGCAAUUGCUCCAGUUUAAUUAACAAUGUGACCAACUAAAGUUGUGAUU